AUGGUGGCCGCGGGCGGGGGGCCGCAGCUCCGCGUCGCCUCGCUCUUGGCCGCGGCGCUGCUGGCGCUGCUGGCCCUGCAGCAGCCGCCGCCGGGCAGCGUGGCCGGGGCCAGCCUGGCCGAGAGCGUGGUCUGGGCCGUGAACGCGGGCGGGGAGGCCCAUGUGGACGUCCACGGCAUCCACUUCCGGAAGGACCCCCUCGAGGGACGGGUGGGACGAGCUUCCGACUAUGGCAUGAAAUUGCCAAUCUUGCGAUCCAACCCCGAGGAUCAGAUUCUCUACCAAACGGAACGCUACAAUGAGGAAACCUUUGGCUACGAGGUCCCGAUCAAGGAAGAGGGCGACUACGUCCUUGUGCUGAAGUUCGCCGAAGUCUAUUUUGCACAAUCGCAGCAGAAGGUAUUUGAUGUGCGUUUGAACGGCCACAUGGUGGUGAAGGACUUGGACAUCUUUGACAGAGUGGGACACAGCACGGCCCACGAUGAGAUUGUCCCCAUCAGCAUCAAGAAGGGGAAGCUGAGUGUGCAAGGAGAGGUUUCUACCUUCACAGGAAAGCUGAACAUUGAGUUUGUCAAGGGGUACUAUGAUAAUCCAAAAAUCUGUGCACUGUAUGUCCUGGCAGGAACAGUGGAUGAUGUUCCAAAGCUUCAGCCUCACCCAGGCCUGGAGAAGAAAGAGGAGGAGGAAGACGAAGAGGAGUACGAAGACGGGUCCAGCCCUAAAAAGCAGGCCAACAAGAACCGGGUCCAGUCAGGCCCCCGCACACCAAACCCCUAUGCCUCGGACAACAGCAGCCUCAUGUUCCCAAUCUUAGUGGCCUUUGGCGUCUUCAUUCCGACCCUAUUCUGCCUUUGCAGGUUGUGAAAAAAGACAGCACGCACAGUGGCCUGCAAGCCAGGGAGGAGGAGUUGGGCCGAAUGUGGAGUCAGUCCUGGCUUCUCCGUAUUUAAGGAAAACA